CUCUCACAAAAAAGCGGCUCUUCUCCUCUUUUAACUCUACCACCGCUGCCGCUAAACACCUCGAGCAUCCACAGUAUCGCAAAAAAAUGGGAAGCGGAAGAAGAAGAAGCGGCGGUGGUGGCGGGGGAAGCGGGGGAGGAAGAAACCAAAGACUGCUUAAACACCACAUAGACACCUGUAACAAAAAAUUCACCACAACAGACGACAUAGUCCACCACCUCCGCAAUAGCUACCCCAAUUACCGCCGCAUGGAACUCAAAACCCUAACUCGCCUCGUCCAGCAAACCCAAAACCAACAAACACCGCCGCCGAAGAAAUUCAGAAAACAUGAAUUGGAAACAGAAUCCGAUUCCGACGACGAAGAAGCAAACCUUAGCACGACUGUGAGUAAGAAGCAGAAGCGAAUUGAUGAGAGUGAAGAGAAAUUGAUGCAGAUUGAAAAUGCGUAUUCUAGAAGAAGGAGUCGAAAUCGGGGCCCGAUUUUGGUUUCGAGUUCGGAUACGGAGUCCAGUUCGGAGUCGGAUUCGGAUUCUUCGACGUCAUUAGAGCCACCGAAGUUUGAUUUGAUGAAAUCAAUGUUAAGGGAAAGUUAUGGAGUGGCGGAGAAAAAUAUGGAAGUUGAGCUUGCUAAUGAUAGAAAAGAAAGUAUUACUAGUAAAGUUGACAUGAUUCAGAGAAAUAGAGGGGUAGGAAAGCGAAAAGGAGAGGACUUGGAGGGUAGUUUGGGGAAACUGAAAGGUGGGCUUGGUGAGGAUGCGAAGGGGAAGGAAGGGGGGCCGAGGUUUAAGGAUUUAGGGGGUUUGAGUGGGAUUUUAGAGGAGUUGGAAAUGGAGGUGUUUUUGCCAUUGUAUCAUCCAAAUGUGCCGCUGAGACUUGGGGUUAGUCCUAUAAGUGGGAUUUUGUUACAUGGGCCACCUGGGUGUGGGAAGACUAAGUUGGCUCAUGCUAUUGCGAAUGAGACUGGGGUGCCUUUUUACAAGAUUUCUGCUACUGAGGUUGUUUCUGGUGUUUCAGGUGCAUCAGAAGAAAAUAUCCGAGAUCUUUUCUCUAAAGCAUACAGGACUGCACCAUCUAUCAUUUUUAUUGAUGAGAUUGAUGCAAUUGCUUCAAAGAGAGAGAAUUUACAGAGAGAGAUGGAGAGAAGGAUUGUGACACAAUUGAUGACUUGCAUGGAUGAACAUCACAGGCUAGGACAGUCAUCUGAUGACAGUUCAAGUUCAGAAAGCUCCAAUCGAAUACCUGGAAAUGUUCUUGUUAUUGGAGCUACAAAUAGGCCUGACGCUGUUGACCCUGCACUAAGGAGGCCUGGGAGAUUUGAUCGCGAGAUUAAUUUAGGUGUUCCGGAUGAGAAAGCUAGGGUUCAAAUUCUUUCAGUGCUUACUAAAAAUUGUACUCUUGAGGGUUCUCUUGAUAUUUUGCAAAUAGCUAGGUCUACACCAGGUUUUGUUGGAGCUGAUUUGAAUGCUUUGGUUAACACGGCUGGUAAUCUUGCAAUGAGGAGAGUUGCUUCCAGGAGAAAAUCUGAGCUAUCAGGACAAUUGACAGAGAAGGAAGACAAUGAGGAUUGGUGGAAGCAACCUUGGUCGCCUGAGGAGAUGGAAAAGCUUGCCAUCACAAUGGCUGAUUUCGAGAAAGCAGCCAAGCUAGUUCAGCCCUCAUCGAAAAGAGAAGGAUUCUCUACUAUCCCUAAUGUCAAAUGGGAAGAUGUCGGUGGCCUUGAUGAUAUAAGGGAUGAGUUUGACCUCUAUAUCAUUAGUCGUAUAAAGUAUCCUGAUGAUUAUCAGAAAUUUGGAGUGAAUUUAGAGACAGGGAUUUUGCUCUACGGACCUCCUGGCUGUGGCAAAACAAUGAUCGCUAAGGCUGCUGCUAACGAGGCAGGAGCUAACUUCAUUCAUGUGAAGGGUCCUGAACUUCUGAAUAAGUAUGUUGGAGAAAGCGAACUGGCUGUCAGGACGUUAUUCAGUCGUGCAAGAACGUGCUCGCCAUGCAUAAUCUUCUUCGAUGAGGUGGAUGCUUUGACAACAAUGCGUGGAAAAGAAGGGGGGUGGGUCGUUGAGAGGCUCUUAAAUCAGUUGCUUAUAGAGUUAGAUGGUGCAGAUCAGCGCCCUGGUAUUUUUAUCAUUGGUGCCACUAACAGACCUGAGGUGAUGGACCCUGCUGUCCUGCGGCCUGGUAGGUUUGGCAAACUUCUUUAUGUCCCUCUGCCAAGUUCAGAGGACCGUGGAUUGAUCUUAAAGGCUCUCGCUAAAGGAAAACCUAUUGAUCCUAGUGUCGACUUGGCUGCCAUCGGUCAAAUGGAGGCUUGUAAAAAUUUUAGCGGGGCUGAUCUUAGGAAGCUGAUGGAGGAAGCCGCAAUGACUGCUUUGAAGGAGGCCAAGAGACAAAGAUGUUUGAAUGAGACUUCAGUAACAAUCACGGCCGCACAAAAUGAGCCAGCAGUUAAUAUCACAGCCACUCAUUUUGAGCAAGCCCUUGGUAAAAUUUCACCAUCCGUGUCAGAGAAGCAAAUACAAUAUUACAAAGCUUGGUCAGAGAGUUUCAAAGCAACAUGAGAAGAGACGUAAACUGGCUUUUGAUGAUCGAUAGAAGAUAUUGAGCAAGAAAUCCUUGAACAUAACUUAUUGCUUGCAUCGACGAUCUGUCGGUGAAAAUUUUGCUAGUCCUUUCACCAGAAUUUAGUUGCACCAAGUUAUUUGGAGGUGCGGGAAGCUGUCUCCUGUGUGGAAAUUUUGUUUUUGUUUUUGUAUUUUUGUGUUGCCAUUUUCUUCUCUUCACAUGUUUGUUGAGGCAGAUGACAAAAGCCCAAUCGUACUUUUACCAAUACACAUGCUAAAAAGGUGUGCUCUUUGAAUGAAAUAAAAGGAUUGCCUUGUCCUUUC